AUGGAUCUCAGUAUAACUAGCAAGGACCCUUUCGUUCGAAAGGAAAUUUCCGAGAAUAUUUUAAAUAUUUUGCAACAAUUUCCUGCAUCGGAAACGCCUCAAUUCCAGCCAAACAACAGUAGUGAAUCGGACUAUAGUGCAUUGUCGGAACCAUUUUCCGAUUUGGAUGAAUCUUACAUUUUGCUGGAUCAAAGAAAACGGAAACCUGGCGACGACGAAGGGGACGAAAUGCUCCUGAAUCAGUUCACCCCGGAGUUUCGUCAAGUUUACGAUGAAAUGAUGGCAGCCAAAAGGGACGGUGAGUUCACCGUUGAUGAUGAGCCCUUUCUAGCAGGUGAAGGUGGCAGCCAACCUGAUCCGGAGGAAGAACUUCUACAAACCGAACCGGGAGAACUAAGUCCAGAGUUUAAGGAAUUUAUCGAAGAUUUGCUGAACAAAUGCGAGCUGAAAUAUCACUUGGAGGAGAAAAAGAAAAGGGAAGCACAAAAGAAAAAAGACCGUCGCGCCCGACGAGUCCCAUCGGAAGAAUCUUUUGUUUCUCCGGACAACGAUUCGCUGUCCGGUGUGUGGCGAAUGCUAGAUGCCGUAUCAGUAGAAAAUGGUUUUCCAAUUUCACAUAACUAUUAUAAUCUGUACGACGAUCGUCGCUUCGAAUGGCUUAUUCGUGAUGAAGUGCCCUGGAAUCAAAUUGAAGCAUCCAAAAAGAAGUGCGAACAGUGGCUCAAAAUGAUACCUUCCAGACCGGAGAGUAAAUAA